ACCUGAGGUGCGGAACUCUUCAGCCGCUGCUUAUGAGGAUUUUCGUCAGGAUCGCGAGAGGGCUCAGCGUGAGCUCCAAGAGAGGGAGCAACGCAGGAAACAACUAGAGGACGAGUUGACUGGAGGAAGCAGUGCUCCAGCAACUGCUCCACCCGCCACGGCUCCAGGUGUACAGGGAGCUGUCCAAGGCAAUGGAGUGACAAGCACCCCCAUGACUGGGGCCUCAACCAGACAGGUCACACCUCCUAAGUUUACCCUGCGUCCCGCAACUGCCGUGAAAUCAAGUACCCCUAAGGUCGCAUACGGCAUGGUAAACCAUACCCCGGAGCCAGAGGCAUCGCCCAUUCUGAGCCGGCCCAUGUCGUCCCACCAACCCCAACCACAACAUCCAGUGCUACAGCAGCGUAACUCGAUGCGGAACAGCCAAAGGAAUGCUAGUACCAGUAGCGGGACACCUAGCCCUCAGACUCCCAAUCGUCAGUUGGAGACAUCCUUUGGAGAGGCAUUAGGUCAUGGUCGUGGAGUUUCCAAUGCCACAUACAUUAACCAGGAUCCUGUGUUUGAUCCGCCACGAGUCAACCAGUCGUCAUUACCACAGCAAGUGCCUCAGAGGCAACAGCUAUACGAGACGUCUAGGUCGGACCAGUAUAGGUCCCAGCCACAGCGGAUACCCCAACAACAGAAGCAACAUGAUCAAAAGCACUUUGGGGCUGGGUCACCACUGGGUGAUACUUCAAAUACAGUGCAAAGAAUCAGGAACAGUUCUCCUGCUGCUGCUGGUCAGCGGCAGUCUCCGAGACAGCAUCUCAUUGAUAACAAUGUGAUAAAUUCGGGAACUAAGGAGGGCAUCAAGAUUUGGAACCCUACAUGCCAUGCGGUCAGUAGUCUAGAAGAUGUCCAAGCUAUCCGGGCUGUUACGUUUGACCCGACAGGCUCUUUCUACGCAGUGGGUUCCAAUUCAAAGACACUCCGGAUUUGUGUUUAUCCAGAUUUAACAGCAUCAAGUGUUGGAGGUAGUGUACAGCAGCCUAAAGUCUUAUUUAAAAGGAUGCGACAUCACAAAGGUUCUAUCUAUUGUGUUGCAUGGAGUCAUACGGGUAACUUAGUCGCUACUGGGUCAAAUGAUAAACUAGUCAAGCUGGUCCGCUUUGAUCCUGACAAGUGCAAUGCUAGUGGACCAGAUGUUGAUCUGUCGUUCCAUGAUGGAACAGUUCGGGACCUGGUCUUCCAGAAGGACAGUCCUAGUGGGACUACCCUUAUCAGUGCUGGGGCUGGUGAUUGCAGUAUCUACCUGACUGACUGUCAACAAGGUCAGCCUGUACACGCAAUGGCUGGACAUACAGGUCAUGUACUCUCUCUAUACACAUGGUCUGGUCACAUGCUGGCAUCAGGGUCUCAAGAUAAUACUGUGAGACUAUGGGAUGUUAGAACACCUCGAUGCAUCCAGAUUAUAGGCUCACCAGGGUCUGAUAGUGGUGAAGGUAGUGGAGCUGCUGCAGUAGCUGUUGAUCCCUCCUGUCGACUCCUUGCAUCAGGGCAUGAAGACUCAUCCUGCAUGUUGUACGAUAUACAUGGAGGACGCCCUCUACAGACGUUCAAGUCCCAUAGUUCUGACAUCAGAUCCCUCAGAUUCUCGCCACGCAACUUCUACUUGAUGAGUGGGUCAUAUGACUGUACUAUCAAACUCGCGAAUCUACAAGGAGACAUCACACAAGCCAUUCCUUCAGCAACCAUCGCAGAACAUCGGGAUAAAGUCAUCCAGUGUCGCUGGCAUCCUAGCGAUCUUAGCUUCCUGACAUCUAGUGCUGAUAGGACAGUCACGCUAUGGUCUAUGGACAAUCCCUAACAGCAUUGGUUUCAUUUUAUUGUUGACUAUGUGAAGUAGAGGAGCGAUAUUUGGCUAGCCUGUGAGAUUAGUGUGUCUUUCUGUUGGCACCGUGACAUAAGUCAGGGCCGUGUCUUUCAGCAUGAAUCGUGCAAGUGUCUUGUCAUCUCUAACACAUUUUCAUUAUUGACAAGAAAAUUGAUGAUUCUGAGAAAACACUUUGAAAGCACUCUGACAAGUGUCUUUUCAUUGUAAUCCUCACAUUUCAUUCAAGACAAAAUCAAAGGGCAAUUUGAAGAAGCCACUCUGAAAGAAAAAGGCAUCUUUUCAGCACUAAUCCUCAUACUGCUUUAUAGACAAAACAAUGAGCAAUCCCAGAAUAAACUACUCUAAAAGACGCUGAGUGGGAUUCCUGCUAAAAUACAUGGCACAGAGUUUGGCCAAGGUGCCCUAGGAAGAGUGCAAUUGUUUGAGUUUUGUUUUGCUUGUUGAUUAUUGUGAUUUCAAACUGUGUGACUCACCCAAAGAUAUCACAUUCUUACAUAGGAUAUGAAUGUCUAUCAGGAGUGUAUUUCUCCCUUUUUAUUGUAGUAGUUUUUAUGAUGUAAAAGUUCAUUCAGGCAUGAUGCGACAAAGUUUAGUAACGUCAUAUUGGAUUUUCAUUUUAAAAAGGUCAACAUUUUUGCUUUCUUGCCUGCAACUUUUUACAAAUUUUGCUCCAGAUGGCAAGUUGUUCUCCUCAAAGAUAUCUGCUCAUCAUGCUGCUGAUAUAUUCUAAAGAUCUGAAAAAGUAAAAGAGAUGUUGCUGAGCUUGUUAUGCCUUGUCUGAACAUAGUUACAGCUGAUAAGUAUAUACAGUGGCGGGUUCAGCUGGGGCACAAGGGACACGAGCCCCUCUAUAUUGGCAGUCACCCACUGCACAUGCCUAUUAAUUUAUCUAAGUGACAGAAAAUUGAUGUUUUCCCCCCUUUUUUUUCUAAUUUGCUCUUCGAGCUCCCGCUACUUCAAAAUCCACUGAUAUACAGUAUUUGAUCAACUUUUCAUUUAUGGCUUGAUUGAGAUUCUUUGUGGCUCAUGUGUAAUAUAUAUAUCAGGGUUCUAUUAGUCAUUCAAGAGUGUUGACUUCACUGCCUUUAGUCUAUGUAUUAGCAUUAAUACCAUUGUUACUCAUGAAUAACAACACCUUUGUAAUGCUUCAUCAUUAUGAACUGAAAUUGUAAACAAUUUUAAUUUGCCCACCAAUGAAUGAUGGAAGCAUUCUGUACCACAUACCCCAAAUUAUUAAACUAAGCAUUAACAUUUGUUUUGAAUUUAUUGUGUAUCUUAUUGGGCUUUUUCCAAUCCAAAUCACCUUUUAUCAAAAUGUGUAUCAAUAAUUAUUAUUAUUCUUCAAAGCAAAAUGGAAUGUAGAAUGUUUUGCUUUUUUUUCAAGUAAUCACUGCAAACAUGUACCUUUUUUACCAUUUAAACUCAACAUUUAUGAGAAAACGUACUCAUUCUAUUAAAAAUACACAUAUACAGUAUUUUCUGCUGUAAGAAAAGUCAUCAAGUAUCAACCCAAUCACCAUUUAUGGAUAGUGUGUACCCAGUAACCUAUUUUUUUAUGUUGAAUACAUACAGAUAUCUAUCAUUAAGCAGUAGAAUAGACUAACCUCAAGCAUGUUAAGGAAAGUAACCACCAAAUUUAUUCACAUAUUAAUAACUGUGUAUUUGUCUGUAAAUAUAUAUUUUGUUUGGACUAAAAGCAAAUAUAACCUUGACUUGAAGCCAGCAACCUUGCCAUGUUUGUUUGUACCAAGCUGCCCAAUUUUCUCAAGUCGAUGAAUUGUACCGGUCAACCAGGGCGCCCCAUCUUACAAAGAGUUGUGAUUGAUCUGAUCAACCUCAACUAUGGAAAGCCAGCAACGCAACCAUCUAAAAUGCAUGUUCAUUUUAAAAAAUUGUAGAUAUGAUGUAUAUUCAUACAUUCAUCGUUUUCUUGACAAUUUGGCAUGUUUGCCUUUGUUUACAAAGGACAUUUUGCAAAUUUCCUGAAAAAAAAAUUAUGACAUUGGUUGAUUUUCAUAUACUUGAGAUUGAUCGGAUUAAUCGUAAUUCCUUGUAAGAUGGGGCCCACUGCCGAGGGUGGUGUCAUAAAGCUGUUUGUAAAGAAAGUUAUGAACGACUUAACGGACAACUUGGUACCCUUCCUUGAGUCCUAACUGAGAUUGUUAAUCAUUUUGAUACCCAUCAGUCAAGAGUUGACAUUAUAUAGGUGUUCAUGAAAUUAUAAUGAAUUUCUAUGAUAGAUAUCUUUGAUCACACAGCAUGUAUUUUCCCGGCUACCUCUCCUAUAUUGUCAUUUUAUUUGUUCAUUAUCGUUUUCCAUUUUCAUUAUGUGUUGAUUUCAGCACCCAUGCCAUUCCACCUCUGAACCUCAUAUCUCACCCCAGAAUGGUAUACUACCACCUGUUCUGGGGCCCGUUGCAGAAAGAGUUGCAAUCAAUCGCAACUCUAAAAAUCAUGCGCAACUUGAUUUUCAACCAAUCAACAGCGCGCAUUUGGGACUUGCGAUUUAUUUUUUGUCUUGCGUUUAAACACAACUCUUUCUGCAACGGACCCCUGGACCCACUUUGUCCACUUUCUGUUUGAUCUCAUCCCACAUGAUCUAAAUUCUAGUUAUCCUUGAACCAGUUCAUUUGCUAACCAUUCGGUGUAAUCAGCAUUUAGCCCAUUUACCAUUUUGUGAAUUUCCAGGUAGGGCCUAGGCUGUAGCCAUUUUGUCUGAUAAUUACUUGGUCUAACCCCACUACAUGUAGUAAAUAUGAAUAGAUCAACUGCUUAUGAACCAAAUUUCAUUUUGACUAAGUGUGAAAAAAUAAUUCCUUGUUGGCAUCAUCAUCAACCAGGAUAUUUCAUAUAUUGAGGAAUAUAUUUAUGGAUGUUGUGCAUUGCUACUAUUUAUGAACACAAUUAUGGCAAGAAGUCUUGUCGUGAAUGUACAAUUGUGUAUGAGCCGUUUUUCUGAGCAAUCACUUAUUUUUUUGUCAUGAUACAUGUAAUUUUUUUAUAACUAAAGUCAUUACUGUAAUUAGGACAUAAACAGUAUAUAUUUUGUCUUAAAAAAUUCAGAGCCAACUAUUUACAUGUGUUCAUAGUCUCCUCUUGAAAAUAUACAUGUAGUUAUUUGACAAAUAUCAAAAUAGUGAAAUUGUAGCUUCUCUUUCCAUUAUCACAUUUAAAGGAUAAGUAGUGUUUGUGAAGGAUUUGUGACUGUCUCCUUUCUUCACUUAGCACCCAAUAUUACAUUAUAUGAUACAUUUUCAAGUAUAGUAGACAGUUGAUUGUAUUGGUUGUUAAGUUGGUAAGCAAUGUAAUAGUGCCAAACAUUACACCAAUUAAAACACAUCGUGCUGCAAGCUUUUGAACAAUACAAAAGCAUGUCUCACAUGUUACAUUGCAUAUAACUACAUAAUUAAAACAGCUUUUUCUGUCUUGAUCAUACACUCAUUCAUUUUUUAAUUCAUAUAUCACUAAGCCUUGGAUGUGAAGUAUUUUAGAAGUUGAAUGAAAGAUGUAGAUUCUGUGUAAGAGUAUCCCUUUGCAUUCAACAGUAACACUUAAACCAUGAUCAGCACUGAUGUUUAGUAUUGUUAAUUAUAUGGGUACUUGUUCAAACAAUCAUCGAUACAAAUGUUUUAUGUAUUCCAUGAUGUCAUAUCACACUGCCCCUUAUAUUUAGCCAUCUAUCAAGAAAACAGUGACACUAUAAAUGAGGAUAGAAUUUCGUAGGAAAUAACGUUGAUAAAGUAUUGCAUGAACUCUCCUCUGUAGACAUGUUUCCAAACCCCUCCUUUUUCUGUAGUGAUUCAUUCAUGUUUUUCCAGAUUCAAAGUUUGUGUGAAUGCACUUGUUUUAAUUCGAACACCUGUACCUGUAUUGUGUAGAAUCACCACUUAGGGGUGUUGCAAAAAACUUUGCAAUCCAUAUUUUCAAUCGAUUGCAAACUUCUCUUGCAAAUUUGCAAUUGAUUUCAUAGAUCAAUUUUAGCUGUUGCAAGUCAUUUUACGCUCCUUGUUGCAACAGAAAAAAAUCAGCAAUCAUUUGCAAUUUUGCGAUCAGUCACAAGACAUGUGAUUGAUUUGGGGUUCUGAAAUAGGAUUUGCAAUUAAUUGUAAUGCCCAGUUAGACUUAAUGUAUAGGAGAUAGAUUAUAUCUUGGUAUUAUCUGUAAUAUAUAGAUGUUAUCUGUAUCAUACAUGAAACGUUAUAUUUAGCAUUUGUAAAUACAAAAUAGACAUGUGUAUGUGUAUUAUUGUCUAUAGCAAACAUCAAAUUGUUAUGCAUAUCACAGAGUAAAUGCACUUUACACUGCAAUCUAGAUAAAAACAAAUGUUUUUGUUUUAUUUUUUUUGUAGAUCUAAAUACAUGUAUAUAUUGUGGACAGUUUAUUUUCAGGGGCCAAACCAUGCUUUCUAUGAAUUUAUUUCUCUAUUUGCUUUGCUUUGAUUUGUUAUCCUGUGCAUCUGUUUUAUUUUCUUUUUUCUUUUGAACUGACAUAUUUUGGUCUUGAUGACACUGCCUUUUCAUUUUGAAUGCUUGUUUUUCAGGUUUUUAGAAAUUUCAAUUUUGUUGUGAAUCAUUUAUUUAUUUAUACAAAUAUUGAUUUGAUUAAAAUAAAGGCAUUAAAUGCUUGCAGAAUGCUGAAA